AUGCUAUUGCCCGGGUUUCGACUACGACAACGGCGGCAGCCCUUGCAGCGCCAAGGAGGACUUCGUCCAGUCCGUUGGCCUACUCAUCAUCUUCAACGUGAAGCAGUCCACUGCAGUGGUCGUGCCGGUGACCCGCUUCAAUAUCACUGUUCAGUGUGGGAGGGCGACUGGCUGUGCGGCGACCACGGACAACCGCGUCAGGACCUCCCACCUUCGACUAAGAGCAAAGAGAUCCUAGUCGCUUCGCCUCGGGACCUGUUUGUCCGCUCCAUCGCGGUCACAGCAACCGGUGGUCUCCGGGGCAAGACCUCGUUGAUGUUCGCAGAAGCCCCCGGCUGGAGCAGCCGCUUUCUCGACAGAGUGGCAUCGACUCCGAAGGCUUUUGGUCCGAGUGCGCAAAAGGCCGACGUCAUGCAGGACCGUAGUUACUGCGCAAUGUCGAGCGGCGCUACUGGGCCGCCUCCGGGUUUCGAAGAUGUACGUCAUGUCUCUGGUGGGCAAGCUGCCUCCCCAGAGCCUCCUGAUGUUCCGCCUGCGCCGAAUCUCGGCACAGGGCGUUCGACGACCGAAGAGUGUGGUGAUGCCGCCGCCCCGGACCUAGAGAAGCAGGGCGGCCACAAAGCGCUACUACCGCGGGGCCUGAGGGUGGUGAGCGCCGCCAGUCUACGAAGGGAGAUCACGGCGAUGAUGACAACCGCCGUGGCAGUUGGAGUGCGACGACGAGCCAGACAGCGGGGGGACGAGGACGAGAUCCAUGGAGUGACCACGAUCCAUGGCAACAAGCACAACCGACCCGCUGGAACGAAGAUGGGCCGCACCCUAAUCGAUGGAGCGAGGAUCCCCACCCCAACCGGUGGAAUGACGACUGCUCGUGGGAUCGAGGACGCCCAGGGCGCCAUGGAUUACAUGAUUCGGGCGGCCAUCACAGUGAUCCCUGGGCAGAUGGUCGAGACGGACUCUUUAGAGGGAACGAUCAUCCGGAUCACCAUCGAGCCUGGACCGAUGACUGGCACCAAGGACCAGCUCCCCCAUGGGCCCGUCGGUUACAUGAUCCGGACGGCCAUCGCAGUGAUCCCGGGGCAGAUGGUCGAGAUUACGGGCAUCGUGGGCGCGAUUAUGGAGAUCAUCGAGGACUGUGGGAAGACGCGGCUAAGAGCUAUGAUUUCCACUCCUCCAAGUCGUGGGAGACGAGCUCGGGCACUUCGUGGCACGCCUGGCAGCCGUGGGAUGGAGCCGGACACAGAGGACUUGGGAUCGUCAGCCCGUUCGUACUUGAGACAGGUGUCGGCCUGGCGUCAGAUGACACUUCUUCCUCAGAGUCAGCAAGGGCUAGUGCUGUACCAAGGGCUGACAGGGAAGGCUUGGAUUGCUGCUGAGGAGCUUUCAGUGUCCAGGCUUGGGGAUGAUAGUGGCAUUGACUAUUUCAUCUCCUGGGUGAGCGCUCGCUUUUUGGAUCUAGAGACGAUCCGCGAGUUCAACACCGAGUACGACAGGCUCUUCGGCCGAUUGCGGGAGGUCGGAUGCAACUUGCCCCAAGAAGCAGCCGCUUGGAUGUAUCUGGAUCGUCUUCAGCUUGAGGAGGCCCAGGAGUUGAACCUUUUGGCUUCAGUGGGCAACAGGUAUGACUUGUUGCGGUUGCAGCAGGCAGCCAUACUCCACGAUAGAGGACAGCGGAAGCCAUGGGAGUCCGCUAACAAGGGACGCAAGCCGAACUACGCCCACGUCACCUUCAACGAGCAGGACGACUCCGACGGGCCGGGCGACGAGUUCGAAGGCGAAGGGAUUCCUGAAGAGGUGGCGGAGGCCUGCAGGGUCACCUACCAGAGCGCAAAGGAGCGAUACCGCACGCAGCAAAAGGCGCGCGGGUACAGUGGCGAGACUGGUGAGAACGGCACGAAGGCCAACGGUGGAGACGGCGACCGGGACAAGGGCGAUGCUAAGGACGGUGGGCGCGAGGCAAAGUUGAAGAUGAUGAAAUCUAAGAGCUUCUGCAGCGGCUGCGGGAGAAGAGGCCAUUGGCACCGAGACGGGUGCUGUCCAUUGAACCAGAAUGGAAAUGGUGGAGCCAAGCCUGAAGGUGGACUUAGUGAUGUGGCUAUGACUACGGUGCUACCUUCUGAUGUGUUUGCGCUCCGCCACGUGGCGGAUUUGGUCGGAGUCACCGACACUGCUUGUGCCAGGACGGUGGCGGGAUCCCAAUGGUUGCAGGCCUACACUGACAAGCUCAGCGAGCAGGGACAAAGGCCGGUGCUUCGGAAAGAGACCGAGGCCUAUCGCUUCGGCACCGGAAAGAUCCACUACUCCUCCUUCUACGUGGUGGUCAACUUCGAGCUCGGCGACUGUGUGCUCCAGGUUCGUACUUCUAUCAUCACCGGUGACAUCCCGCUCCUCCUUUCAAAGACGGUGCUCGGGAAGAUGGGUAUGGUUUUCAACGUUGAAGAGGGGACCGCAGACUUCACGAAGAUUGGUUUGCGCAACUACAAGCUUUUGACUACCUCUUCAGGCCACCCUGCGAUUCCGAUUGUCCCGGCAAAGGCCGACAGCACGUCUCCAGUGCUUCAGGUAGAGGACGUGCGACUGCAGCCCAAGGAGCAAUACAUGUCCGUUUGUGCGGUAGCCUGCAAGUCUAGUGUCACGCCACAAUACACCGGAAUCUACCAUGAGAAGAAGUUGGCCCCAGGUGAUGAGCAAGCCUUCCCGCUGUUGUGGAUCGGAAGGGCUGUCUUGUACAAGACGCAGCCCAUAGCAGUUAGCACUCCGAGCGCCGCCGGUGAUGCGCCAUGCGACUCUCCGAAGCAGCAGAAGACUCUGAGCCGCAUGACGAAGGCAGAGCUGCUGGAGGAAGCGAUGAGACUCGGGAUGGUCGUUCACCCAUCCUGGACCGUGAUCGAGCUGCGAGCGGUGAUCAGGGAGUUCCUCGCCGAGACGACCGACGGCGAUGUGGCGAAGCAAAUGAAGAAGAUCAACUCCCUCAACCUGGACGAGCUGAAGGAGAAGGCUCGAGAGCUUUCGGUGGACCUCCCCACCAAGGCCACCAAAGGCCAGAUCCUCAAGUUGAUUCGGGAAAGCCUGAACACUCCGGACAACACCCUGAUGACCAUCGGCCGUUGGCGUGGCAGCGAGUACCAGGAGAUCCCGCCAAGCUACGGUCGCUGGGCCGUGGAGGAAAUCCGGAGGUCGAGCAACGCACACCCCGACUUGGUCCGCUUCGGGCGAUGGAGGGAGAAUGCAUCCAAAGCGAAGAUCCCCGACGAGGACGUGGACGCGUCCUAUGUGACACCCCGGAACCGGAGCUCAGGCUCGGCAAAGGACUCCUGGGAAGCGGUGUCGGCGACUACCUCACUGGUGACGGAGAACACCAAGGGCAAAGGGAAUGUCAAGGCCGCGAAGAGGACCACCAGCGACGCCAAGGACCGAAGCGGCUACAUGGACUCCCAACCGGACGAGACGGUUCAGGCAGAGAUUGCGGCUCUGGAACUCAAGCUCGCAGUCCUGAAAGACAAGGCGAGGGGGAGACAGCGCGGCUACGCGGAGAUCUACGUCAACGAGCACCACGAGCACUACGACCACGUGAGUGGAACACGCGCCGAGGCCGAUGACUACAAGCUGCUGAGUGACGUCAUUGGCAGCAAGCCUGGUCCACUCAGGGCCAUCCAUACCGACCCGACCUUCGAAGACCAUGCCUACGUGACCCUCGGCAUGUUCACCCACGGCGGAGUACAUGGUGUGACCCGGGCCACGCAGGAGCUUGAUGGGCUGGUUCGCUAUCUGAAUCACUUCGGAAAGGCCCACCUACCGAGCGAAGCCUCCUGGACUUCGAUCUCGGUUACCCAAGAUGUCGGAACAGAGGUACAUCGUGACAGCAAUAACCUUCGGGGCUCUUCGAACUUUUGCGUCACUUUCGGCCAGGGAAGUGGAGGAAACUUGUGGCUUGAGACCAAGGACCUCGACGAGGCCCAGGCCAACGGGCUUGGAAUCAUUUGGAAGCGCGACAAGGUCGGGGCCUGGAUCCCAGGUCGCACCUACGACAACGUCGAGAAGUUCGUUGAGUUUGACCCUCACUUGAAGCAUUGCUCCAAUCCUUGGACGGGACAGAGAUGGUGUGUUACCUACCACUCCGUUCGAGGAGCCGGUGAGUGUGGGCAGGAGACAAAGAAGUUCCUCAGGAACUGUGGGUUCCCGCUUCCUCGAGAUGGUCAUGGACCAGGAGGAAGACCUAUCAUGCGGAAGAAGACGCCCAAGAGGGUGCGGAGCACAGUCAUGAACAACGCCGCAAAGGUCAGUGUACUUAUGGCAACACUCCUCUCCACGACUAUGUCGUUUCUCGGAGAAUUUCGAGGUCCUGAGCCGGAGACCGACCCCAUCGUGAUGUUCGAGAUCGGCGGCUACGAAGGGACACUCGAAGCCGUGGAAUUGGGCAAGGCGGUGAUCGAGCCCAUCACCUGGGAGGACUAUGUCGAUCCGAACGUGCAGAGCAACGCCCACCACGUGAUCACCGGAGCCAGUCCUAAAGAACUCCGCAUACACCUCGCCGGGAUGCCCGACAGAGUUGGAGAUUCCGUACGUGAUCUCAUCAAGGACCAGAUUGACGGCGGAGAUGAGGUCGUACUACGAGGCGGCGAUCCCAACUCCUACCUCAAGACCUUUGAGGAGUUUGUGCAGUAUAAGUCCUUGGAGGAGGACGACAAAUGGGUUGUGUUCGGGAAGAACAAGAAAGAUACGAAGCUCCUUGGAGAUGGAGUGGUUCCCCAGUCAGAGCCCGAAGCGGCCGUUGCGGCGAGCAGCCUGCAGUGCAGUGAGUGCAAGAAGAACCUUCUGCCUGAGGUGUGUGUUGUGAAUGUAAGUGGUGAAAAGGAGAUCAAGUACGACGGCAGCGGGAUCACUUUUCAGGAUGGCGUCCCCGGCGUGGUCCAAUCGUCAUUGAGGCGACUGCACCAGAACCUCGGACACCCCCGCGCCGAGGAUCUAUGUCGACACUUACGACUAGCCGGUUGUGAGCCACACAUCAUCAAAGCUGUGAAAGGGAUGAAGUGCGAGACGUGCGAGGCUACCAAAGGAGCUCAGGUCGCAAGACCAACUACACUCCCACGGCUAUUGGACUUCAAUUCCUGCGUCGGGAUCGAUCUGAUGUAUGUCCACGACGCCAACGACGUCCGGCACACCUUCCUGACAAUGGUGGACUGGGCCACAACCUACCAGGUUGUUGCUAAGCUGGACAGGGAGACCGGCCCAGAUGUGGAGAAGGCGUUCAACAAUAUGUGGAUCACGCCGUUCGGCCCUCCUACAGCGGUGUCCAUAGAUCUAGAUGGCAAAGUACAAGCUGGAGUUGCUAGGCUUUGUGACUGGCACAACAUCAAGACGAGGGACGUCGCCGCCCAGGCAAAGUGGCAGGGAGGAGUCACAGAGCGACAGAUCGGGUGGUUCAAAGGGAUAUGGGACCGCGUGAACUACGAGCUCAACCUUCAGGAGGACGACAUCGAGAUUGCCGGGACCCUGGUUUGUGCCGCAAAGAAUGAGCUCCAGGGGCGCUGUGGACACUCACCAGUCCAGUGGGUGUUCGGGCGAUCACCAAGACUGCCUAGCGAGCUGCAGGACCCUGAUGGUGAUGAGGGCGUGACUUGGGACCUCACUCAGGAUUCCAAGUUCCAGAGAAUUGCUGCGAUCCGUGCCAGUGCCAGGGUGGCUUUCCACAAAGCUCAAGGAGACGACAGGCUACGCCGAGGACUUAUGCAAAGAGCUCGCACGCGGAAGCAGGACUUCGACAUCGGCGACCCCGUCCACUUCUGGAACCAACCAAAAGACCGCCGGAGGCCACACUGGGCAGGACCGGCAGUUGUGGUCGGCAAGCAGGGCAACAACUACUGGAUUUCCCGCUCUGGGAGAUGUCGCCUCACGGCUCCCGAACACCUCAGGAGCUCUGGUCCUGAAGAGCUUGGUGAGUUCUUGACUAUGAAAGGUGUCCGGCAAGAAGUGAAUAGACUUCUUGAAGAGGACGUUGAUGAUAUGGACAUCUUUGAAGGCGAAGCUGAAAAGAAUCACGAGAGCUAUGAAGACCACCUCAGCGACUACGAGCCCAGCCUCCCGGACGAGAUCGAGCUUGACGGGGAAGGCGACCACGUGAUGGCCGAGGAGAAACCUACUGCAGAACUUCCUGCGCCAGUCCAGCCUCCACCCUUUCGGGUGAAGAGGAAGUCCAGACCUGUCAAUGAAGACGGUGGUGCAGAUGAGCAGAUGGCCCCAGCCAACGCCGAGAUCAUGAUGGUUAAGAAGGCGCUCACCACGAGAGGGCAGGCUAAGCGCCAGGAGAAAGAGCUCAAGUGGGGCGAGAUCCCGCCCCAUGCCAAGGAGAAGUUCAAGGCGGCAGAGAAAGUCCAGUGGGAUGAACACUUGUCCUACGACGCCCUCGAGCCCUUGAGUGUCGAGGCCUCUCGGGAGAUCCGGAACACUGUCGACAAGUCCCGGAUCUUGACUUGCCGCUGGGCCUACCGCGACAAGAACUGGUCCGCAAGGCAAGCUUGGCUCGCGAACAAAGACGAUAAGGAGGCCGAGCCGGACUGGAAGUGCAAGAGCCGCUUGGUGAUCGGAGGACACCGAGAUCCAGACCUCGGUGUCGAGAACCUCAGCACCGAUGCCCCUACGUUGUCGAGGCCCGGGUUCUUGUGUAUGAUGCAGAGGUUAGCAGAUGGACAGCUCGAGACAGAUCCUUGGAGGGCAUCAGCAGGAGAUAUCCAGUGUGCCUUCUUGACAGGAGGGUACUUGAGCCGAGAAGAGCCACUCUAUCUGAGCCAACCCUCUACGGGGUUCCCUGGCUUGUUGCCAGAGCAACUGGUCCACAUCAAGAAAAAUAUCUUUGGGUUGGCUACCUCUCCGCUGGAGUGGUGGGAAGACCUCCAGAAUGGCAUCUUCAAGAUCAUGAUCCACCACGGCAACGAGGACUAUGCUUUCGAGGCCUGUCCUUUGGACCCCUGUAUCUUCAUGCUGAGGCGAAUGACAAGCACUGGUUUCGCGGGACCACCCAUCGGCUACUUGGGCACGCACGUGGAUGAUCUACUGGUGAUCGCCAGUGGCAAGGUUGGACAGCUGAUAAGGGAUGCGCUCUCCGCUAGCUUCCCGGUCGACCGAUGGGAACACGAUUGCUUCGAGUAUGUGGGGUCAGAAAUCAGAUGCGAGAAUGGGGCGGUAACCGUUACUCAGCGCAAGUACGCUGAGAACCGCCUCUUCCUUCUUGAUGUUCCCACCGGAUGCUCUGAUGAAGAUCGUGUUGAUGCUGAACUACGUGCAGACAACCAAAGCCUUAUAGGGGCCUUGAGCUGGCUUGCAGCUCAAACCCGCCCAGAUUUGACGUGCAGUGUCAGCUUGGCUCAGCAACUGCAAAAGGACCCCACCAUUGGAGACGUCAAGUUCACCAACCAAGUGUCAGUCAGGGCUGUGAUGCACAAGGACCGGGGGCUCAAGUUUCAGCCCAUUCCCAAGGAGUACUUCGGGGUCAUCGUCUACCAUGAUGCUGCCUGGGCCAACGCGUUAGAGGCGGAGCAUGAGAUGAAGACGGGUUCCAGCUGA